AUGGAAAAGAAUAUUUAUAACAUACUGGAAUAUUUCAGUUAUUUCAAAAUUGCCCAUUUGAAAGCAAAGUACACAGAGUUUUUACAUGAAAUACUUAAAAAUACCAGGGAGAAUGAGACUUGUUUGUUGUCUCAGACAAAAGAAUGCUCUGCUGAACUUGAUCGUCAAUGUAUAGAGUUAGAGAAAGCUGAUAAUUUUACCAAUGGUUCAAACACAGAGGUUUCAAAGAUGAGACAACAGCUGUUAAAGUAUAACAAUGACUUGAAACAAGCACAAGAAAGGCAGUACGAGCUAGAAUAUCAAAUAGACAAUAGGUAACUGUUCUUUCUCUUUGAUGUCAUUUAUUCUGUAAUGCUUUUAUGUGGCUGUUUUCUUUUGUUUGGCUAAAAAGAACAAUAGAGAGAACAAGAGAGUAGCCACAUUAUUACUCUACUGUUAGAAUGUCCAUCCGUCCGGUAGCAAUUUGGUUUCCGGAGCAUAACUUAAGUUCCAUUUGGCCCAAAAUAUUCAAACUACAUAAGAUGAUUAUCCAUAUUGAGUUGAAGACCCAUAUUGAUUUUUGGGUCACAAGGUCAAAGGUCAAGGUUACUUUACAUUAUUACCUUAAAUCUGAAAACAGUUUCCGUUCCAUUUGGCCCACAGUGUUAAAACUUCAUGGGAUGAUUGUCCAUAUCGGGUAGAAGA